GUUUGCUUGUAAGUCCCCUGAUCGAGUUGAUCAAUUACAGCUAUUGGAAGAAGAGAAUCGCUUGAUUCAAACAUUGGGCAAGCGGUAUGAACUCCGAAUGGAUGAAGAAUACUUGCACAAUGAUUACUUGUUUGCAGAUUUUUGUCCACGUCGUUCAUUGAUCCUACCUCCAGAUCCAUCAGACUUGGCACGUGCUCGAGCCUACAGACUUAAGCAACGCAAAGCAAAUGACAUCAUUCGAGAAGUUGUGUUGUAUGUCUUCUUUCUCAUACUACUGUUAGUAGUCAGUAUAGAAUUUCGUGAUCCCAAUGCAUUUCUGUUAAAAUCCAGUUUAGAAAAUUCCUUUUUCCAGGAUAGCUUUACAAACAUGCUCACGGUGGAUGACUUCUAUAAAUGGGCUGGUGAAGUUUUAAUUCCCGGUCUUCGUGUAGCUCGUUGGUAUAAUAGUAAUCCACCUCUGUUUCAACGAGGUUUCUUGGCAGACAGAGCUGAUAGAAUAAUUGGUUAUGCAAUGAUGAGACAGCUUAGAACAAAACCAGGUUUAUGCAAUGUAUAUCACUCGGCUACACAUUUAUUCAAACGUUGCUAUGGAGCCUAUGAUAUGUUUAAUCAGGAUGAAGAAACGUAUGGAGUAUCAUGGGUUAAAUUUCAAGGUGAUGAGAAGUCCAAUAAUUCUGCACCAGAGUAUGUUUAUCAAACUGCAUCACAACUAAAAGGUUAUCCUUAUAUGGGGCAAAUCACAUGGUAUUCUGGAGGUGGUUAUGUUCAUCUACUAAGAGGUACAAAAGAUGAAAUGCUGGAAAGACUGAAUACUUUAAAGGAAACGCACUGGAUUGAAUUUUCAACACGAGCCAUAAUCAUACAGUUUACAGUAUACAGUCCAAAUAUCAAUUUGUUUGGAAUUAUUACUGUUCUAAUUGAACUGCCUGGUAUCGGUGCCCUUCUACCAACAUAUCGUAUUGAAACGGCUAACUUAUUCGGAGCAAUGGGAUCGGAGACUAAGAAUACACAAAUCACGUUUCAGGCUCUGUAUAUAGUCAUCCUGUUCUGUUACUUAAUAAAAGAAAUACGAAACAUCUUCAAACAGCGGUUGAAAUACUUCAAAAGAUUUUGGAAUUUUGUUGAGAUAUUUAUUAUAUUCGGCUCAAUAGCUGCUAUCGCUGCCUAUAUUUACAUGAUAAUAUACACAAAAACAGCUAUCGACGAAUUUUCACGUACAAAUGGUCUUAUAUUUAUGAAUUUUCAACUACUGGCCUAUUGGAAUGAAAAUUUAACUUACUUAACGUCUGUAAUUUGCUUUUUCGCUAUGUUAAAGCUUGUAAAUCUAUUUCGGUUUAAUCAACGCGUUGGUCUGUUGGGCUCUGUUCUCAAAUAUGCGGCGAAUGAUUUAAAACAUUUUUGCUUUAUAUUUCUGGUUGUGUUUUGUUCAUUCGUUCUAGUCUUCUAUCUAUUGUAUACUGAUACACUGGAUGGUUUUAAGACAAUUUUAAAUGCCAUAGAGACAAGUAUGCAAAUUAUUCUUGGCAAAUUUGAUUUCACUAGUAUGUAUGAAAGAGAAAUGGUAUUGGGUCCAUUGCUUUUUGCUGCAUUUUCUUUAUGCGUUGUAUUUGUAAUGGUUAGUAUGUUUAUAGCUAUACUGGAUGAAAGUUUCCACAGUGUCCUUAAAGAUAUUACACUGCAAUCUGAUGACCAUGAAAUCACACAGUUUAUAACAGUUCAGUUUAUUUUAUGGACUGGCUUGCAUAAAACAUCAUGGGGUAAAACAUUUUUGAACAAUAUAAUAACACAACAACAAGAACCAAUUUAUGAUCCAGAUGGCGAUUCAACGAAAAAUGUUGCUCAGCUAAAGUUAUUGAUGGAUGAAUUUCUAGAGUAUGUUCAGCAGAAUCAUAUUGCUGAAGAGAGGAAAUCAAUUAAUUCAAGGUUAUAA